AGCUCAGUGAGCUGAUCAGAGAGAAAGCAUUCUGCCAGCCCAGCGCCUACAAAUCGCAGUCACUUCCUAACCUCCCCCUUUUUAACAUAUUUGAUCACUUUGAUUCUCUGUUCUCUCUCUUAUUAUUUUUACGCGCAUGAAGGAGGUUCUGUAGGUUGUGAUCUUUUUGUUUUAUUAUCAGUCCUGCUUGCCGGAGAGUUGACUUCAUAUUUGACUCGAGCACAGGCUGCAACUGCGCGCGGCUGCUAGCGCUACCUCAUCUGAAGAAAAGGAAGAAGCGGCAAUAUUUUUUUGCCAGUUGUUGGUUUUCUUCGAGACUUUACGCUGGAACUUCUCGCGUGUCGCAAGUAUCUUUGAAAGCUGCGUGUUUCUGCGCGUCCGAACAUCGCUACACACGCGAAGUUCUCUGUCCUGCUCUGUUCGUAUCUUCUUCCGCCGUGUUUAUUUCCCAUUUUUUCCUUGAUGGGUUUACUGGAUGGAUGACUGCAAGUGCCCCUGGACUUGGCCUCUAAGAGCAAGGCUGCUAUUCGGCUUGUCUUUGCUUCAGUUUUAACCACAUGCCAGGUAACGCUAUUUCAGUCAAGAAAUAGACUACUAUUUGUCGUCGGUGCGCAACUUUGAACGGACAUUCAGACUCUAACCGACCGUGCCGAUCCUGAAUUAUUUAUUUUACCUUCCUAAGUGAUAAAGGCACCGUGCUGCGUUAUUAUUUUUUGAAACAAGGCAUUCCGAAACCAAAAACGGGGAACAAAAAGUUUUUUUAACGUUGACUGAUAGAUAUGGCAAUGGUAGUGUGGAGAGGCUCCCAGGACGAUGUGGCCGAGACCCAGGGCACCCUCUCAUCGCAAGCCCAAGGAGGACUAUCCCUUCCAACCCCUCAACCAGGCCAACUGGGUCUAACGGCCUCUCAGGUUGCCCCUCCGACCCCUCAGACACCCGUUCAAGGACCCCCGAACAACAACACACAGUCCACCCCGACGAACCAGACGACGCAGAGUCAGUCGGAAAAGCAGCAACCACAGCACAUAGAGUGCGUGGUUUGCGGGGACAAAUCCAGCGGCAAACACUAUGGCCAGUUCACUUGCGAGGGGUGUAAAAGCUUUUUCAAAAGGAGCGUACGAAGGAACCUCACUUACACAUGCCGUGCCAACAGGAAUUGUCCCAUUGACCAGCACCAUCGCAAUCAGUGUCAGUACUGCCGCCUCAAAAAAUGCCUCAAAGUUGGCAUGAGACGGGAAGUUUCUCUUUUUACUGCAGCCGUGCAACGGGGACGGAUGCCACCCACACAGCCACACCAUGGUCAGUUCGCCUUGACAAAUGGGGACCCACUGCACUGCCAUUCCUACUUAUCCGGAUAUAUCUCUCUACUACUACGAGCGGAGCCCUACCCAACUUCUCGGUAUGGCAGUCAAUGCAUGCAGCCCAACAACAUCAUGGGCAUCGAGAACAUUUGUGAACUGGCAGCCAGGAUGCUGUUUAGUGCGGUAGAGUGGGCCAGGAAUAUUCCCUUCUUCCCAGACCUCCAAAUUACCGACCAGGUUGCCCUUUUGAGGUUGACCUGGAGUGAGUUGUUUGUGCUCAACGCUGCUCAAUGCUCCAUGCCGCUCCAUGUGGCUCCACUUCUGGCGGCGGCUGGGCUCCAUGCCUCCCCCAUGUCUGCGGACAGAGUGGUCGCCUUUAUGGACCACAUUAGGAUCUUCCAAGAACAAGUAGAAAAGCUCAAAGCAUUGCACGUUGACUCUGCUGAAUACAGCUGUUUAAAGGCCAUCGUUUUGUUCACUUCAGAUGCUUGUGGCCUGUCAGAUGUGGCCCAUGUGGAAAGUUUGCAAGAGAAGUCCCAGUGCGCUCUGGAGGAGUACGUUCGGAGCCAGUAUCCCAACCAGCCAACUCGAUUUGGGAAGUUAUUACUGCGCUUGCCCUCUCUCCGUACAGUCUCGUCUUCGGUCAUAGAGCAAUUAUUUUUCGUCCGAUUGGUAGGUAAAACCCCAAUUGAAACCCUCAUCAGGGAUAUGUUGCUGUCGGGGAGCAGUUUUAACUGGCCUUACAUGUCGAUUCAGUAGGCAGAAGGAAUGAUCAAAGGGGCUGUGACUACAAUAGUUAGCGCUUCUUUUGUAGAAGGAAACGGCUGUUACACGAGUUUACUUUCACGAAGAAAGACUUUCAUACAAUGACUGUGAAUUUUAAAAUUGAGACAUUCAGUGAAGCCUCGAAAUCCAGAGAUUGCUCCCAGUGUCAUUCUGAACAGUUUGUUCUAAUGUUUUUGUUUGUUUGUUGUUUUUUGUAAUAAAUGCAAAAAUGAAGAAAUAAAUAAAUAACCCACUAAAAUUAAUACAAAAGGAAAAAAGGAGUAAAAUAAUUCAAGGAUUUUCAUAAUCGUUUCUGGGACAGCAAAACUAUUAUAAAGUGCAUUUAAGCGACAAUUUGGAAAGAUUAAGAAGAGAAGAAAAAAGUUCUUUUUUUCCAAAUUGCUUUGUUGUCCUGUGUCCAUGUAUCUAUAGCUGUUUUUGUAAUUUUUGUUCCUCCUUUCUGGUUCCAAACCGGCCUAUGUGAUUCUGUAGUAUAUGCAGUUGUUGUUUUUUUUAUUUUAUUUUAUUUUUAUUUUUUUUAUUAUUUUUUUUUAUUAACCAUGACUUCUUCUAGAACAGUUCAGUAAUGUAAAGACGUUCUUCGAGAAUUCGAGAAUUAAAACUAAAUCCACAGCAAUAUAGGCUAUGCUUAAUGCUGCAAGCGCACUUACUCCAUUGAUGUCCCUUAAUGAACAAGAGUAGGGAUUAUUUUCAUGAUCAACUCAAACUUACAUAACGUUCCAAUGUCUUACACUAUUAUUCUAACUUGAUAUAGACACCACAAAUCAUUAUCCUCCAAAAUGGAUGCAGGAGCAAUACUCCACUCAGCAAAAACUAUCAGUUAGUUAUAUGCGCCAUAAAAGUAUUUGCAAAAACUCAUCUUAUUUGGUUGAGAGUUACGACCUGCCUCCAUUUUUUUUUAAAUAUUUGGGUUAGGGAAUGGUCGUCAGGUUAUAAUGCAAAUAUUAGAACAACGUGUUUGAUUUUACAGUUAAGGAGACCCCCACUUAAUAUUUUCAGAUGUAUUACCGGAACCCACCUUAAGUUGCGCCCAUGCGAAUUCUCGCUCAAGUGUUUUGCCACAGCAAACUGUAUUUUGAACGUGGGGGAAAUGAUGGGUCAUCAUUCUUUUAAUGAUAAAGCAGCAGUAUUAAUAAGACGUCCCUAUAAAUGUCCCUCAACACUUAAAGCAUUAAAGUGCCUGUACAGCGCAAAUGUGUUAUUAACGGUUACUGAAGUCUAUACACCAUGGGGAACACGCUUAGAAUUUACAAAGUCUUAUAAUUGUUCAUUUCACUUGAGGGAAAAAAAAACACAAGUAGAGGCAGUAUUCUUGUAAAUAUAGGUCAAUUCAUUUCAAAGACUUUUUCUUUAUACAACGUAUAUGUGAUUAAGAAUAAAACUGUGGUUGCCAAUUUUUUCGGUAAUACAAAUGUCUUCAAAUGAGUGACAGACUUAGCUAGUAGCACUGAAAGUUCUGUUUGUAAUGUACAUACAUAUUAAGACAAAUGUUUUUUUUUUUCUUCCUUUCUUUUUCAUGUAUUUAGACUGUGAAUGCAUGGCCACAGGUCGCUAACCUAUUUUACCUUUGAUAUAUAUAUAUAAAUGUAAAUGUUUUUGACUGUAUAGAUAUAAUCUGUGCAUUCAGUACACUAGCCCUUGUAUUUAAAAAGACAAAAAAAAAAUGGAAAAAAUGUUCGACGAUAGGUUGACACUUAACAGGGUGAGCUGGUUUGGAAAGGGGUGGCUAUUUUGACUUGGUGUUCUGCUCCUUUUCGGUCUGUAACAGAUGCCUUGUGUGUGUGUGUGUGAAAGCUUGCAAUUUCGUCCUUGUUUUGAGGCUUUUCUUCAACACACAAGACACCAUGUUGUGAUUGGAUAAAAAGGGAUCAUAUUGUGUAGUUGAUUGAACAGUUAUUUUGGGCUGUUCUCUGCCACAUAUGGACCAGUGAAUGAUACAUGAUUGUAAUUAUGAACAGUUUAAACUGACCCACGUUUUUAUAUAAAUAUAUAAAAUAUAUUACUGCAGGGUAUUGAUAACGUAUAGAUACUUUUUUAUUAUUAUUGAUUAUUAUUAAUUGCAAGUGAUAUACGUGAGUGUGUGUGGAAGUUUAUAGUUGAAAACAAUUCUUGUUUGUUUGUGUUAGCUUAUUGUAAACAAGCAUUCUGCUGUAAAUUUGUUCUUGGUAUUAAAUUAUAAUUUAUGAAUUUGAAAUCAAAAGGCUUUCAAUGUUGUGUUAUUCAUUAGCAGACAAAUCUGCCCUUCUAUCGAACAGUGAACUCAUGCUCUGUCUCAAACUGCUGAAGGUUGGGUUUACGUAUGUGUAUGAGAGAGAGAGAUGAGUGAGUGAGUGAGUGUGUGUGAGUGUGUGUGUGUGUGUGAGAGAGAGAGAGAGAGAGAGUCUGUUGGGGGUGCGAGGGUGACGCCGAGGUUUGGCAUGGGAAAUUGUCCAGGUUACGUCUAAAUUUGGCUAUGUAAAUACACGUGCAAAGUGCUGCAGCUUAAAUUGAGAAAGUACUUUUGAUUCGCCCUCUAACAAUUUACUUUUUACACAUUAAUAUCAAUCCGUUUUUGAUAAAACAAUGAAGAAACAUCAAGUAUCAUGUCAUUGCUACUUACCAGGUAUAGAUUGUGUGUAUAUGCGCAGAGGUUCUUGCUCAUUGCCUUGUUGGGUAUCACUUUCCAUUUAAAUACAUAAAAUCUUCUCAGAGCAGGUACUGACACGUCGGAACUGAAGUCGCAUGAAAUGCAACAUUGGACGUUCAAUACAUGUCAAAUGAAAUGCCAUCUUGUUGUAAACGUGACAAAUGACAAAAUGCAGGCCCACUGUUUGUUCUACCUCGAUAGCAGUAUUUUAUAUGUCACAUUUGGGGCUAUCUGUUAGAGGACACCAAGCGUGUGAAGCUAUCCUGUAAACUGCGCCUUCAACUUGGUGUCCUAUUAGUUGAGUCAAUAUGGCGUCUUGCAAUUCAACGCAAGCUACGGCUCCCCGGAGCAAAGCGGUGUCUUGUAAUAGAAACCACAUUGCUAGGAGAAAAGGCCCCCUCAAUCGACACCAAAAGCCCCCAAAAAAAAAAAAAUUGCUUCAGACAGAAACCGUGUUAAAGUUUUUGUCAGGAGUCCAAGAGUCCUAAAAUGCAAAGAUAUGCUUGAUAUUUUCAUUGUCAAUGUAAUUAAAACUUACUUUCCUUUUUUACGUAGGGUUAUGUAGCCCAAUUUAACAAGACCUCUGCUAGCUCGUUAGUUUCUCCCUAAAAUACAGUAAAUUUCCAGAUUUCGUUUUACAAAUUCUACUACUUGGGUAUAGCUUUGAGGAAAAAAUGGUAACAUCCUGACCCCAAAUAUAGCUUUGUUACACUUUAUUGUUAUGAUAUUUGAUCAGGCACACUGAGAUAAAGUAUAGUCUAACUUAUGAUGGCUGAGGGAAAAUGGGACGAACAAUUAUGGUAAUCAGACCACUACCACCAUUGCUAGUUUUUGUUCAACUGCAUAGCCUACUACUACUACUACUACUAAUAAUAAUAAUAAACAGUACAGUGCAUAUUAAAUUAUAUAGAGCUAAAUAACCUUUAUAUUAAAUGAAUGUAUGUAUUUCAUUUAUUUAUUUACUAAAGAUUCAGGGUCCUCCUCGAAACUGAUCGGGAAGGCAAGAGUUAUAGCGUAAUUCUGGUAAGUUUGUUUGUUUCGGGGCUAUCGGUAAAGGCCCGUUUAGGUGAUCGGAAAUGAUUGAUGGAUGUUUGUUAUUGUUUAAAACGUCGUCCAGGAUGUGUGUUUGAUGGGAGCGCUAAUGCAUGUUGCAGAGGAAGGCUUGUAAUUAUGACACAGUGAUGAGACCUAUUAACUACUCGAGAUACUAUUAGUAGUUGCUUAAUGAUUACAUUGGCAUUGCAUGCUUUAAAAAAAAUAAUUCCAGUAUGUAAGUCUUUGCAACAAAUUCCAUCGUACACAACCGUCACAGAUCUUAAGUUGUAUGGUACCAUAUUUUGUCAAAGAUGAUUUGUCAGUUCCUUUGCUUUAUAUGCACGUUUUGCUUUGAUAGGCUUACCAGAGCAGGUUAGUAGUAAUUUGGAUCAUGUCUUCACAGACUUGAUUUUAGUUGACAGAGCGUGUGUUGAGGCUGAACUCUAUAAUUUGCACUUCUGUUCUUUUAUUAGCGUCGGACAACGAACUAAUGAGGUCUCCCUCAGUACAAUGUCACUUUUAUUUAUUUCUUCGUGGAAAAAGUACUGUGGGAUAUGGCUGGCCAGCCGAGCCAACAACAAAUGAUUUCUAACUGCUUCUCCGUUGAUUAACUAUAUAUCUAUAGCAGACAUUUUAAACUCGAGUAAAGCACAUCGAUAUUCUUGCAGGUGCAGGGGCUUUGUUUCAUAAAGGCGUUAUUAUGUGAUGCUGUGGGUUCGGCAAAACUGCCUCAAAAAUCGUUACCUACUGUGUAAAUGUAAGGUGUUGGCGAUCGCGAAGGGUUGAAUAGCUCGGUUACCGCCAUCCAGCAUCGUCUUCACUAAAUUGCUGAUGUUCCUAAAAUAAUUAAAUAUAGGCCCAAUUUUAAAAAGUUAGCACAUAAUUAUCUGGCCUAACUGUGGUACUGUAGGAAAAAAUAAAAUAAAAUACUGUUUGUUUUGGAGGUUUUCAACUUCAUUUUAAUACCAGGUUAAUGAUGACCUGGCCUAACCCUUACUAUGUCUUCAAGCUAAGUGAAUGUGGUUUUGUCGAUCGGUUAUACAUCUGUUAGAGUCCUUAGCAAAAGUCAUCAUAGCUUUGAGAUAGGCUAUCAUAUGCUCGCUUGUGUUGUUCGUAUGAUGAGCUCGACGAAGGAAGAGCCAGCAAUUGGUUUCCAUAGCGACCUCCAAAGAGCAGCGAUAAUAAGCAAAGCAUAGACCCCCACUCCCUUAGAAAAAAAAAAAAAAAAAAGACAAUUUAACGUCUGUGUUGUUCCUUCACGUCACUUGAGUAUCAACAUAUUUCUGUUUCAUUAUAUUUAUUGCCCCUCGUAAGAUUUGCUGAAUAUAGAGGGGACCUGUCCAUAACUCCAGCCCUCAGAUUUAUAUCAGUUUAUAUGAGAAAAACUCUCGUCACGACCUUAGUGUUUUGGCUUUUCAAAUAAUGAGGUACUUUGGAGAACUUUUGUCUGACGUCAUCUAUAUAUUUGCUGCAAAUUGAGUGGAAUGGAGCAAUUAAACAACAAUUUAAUGUGGCCUAGUCUAGCACAUAAGCGAUUUUCUUUCCUUUUUACAAGUGUUUUAAGUAAAUGCUUGUAUCUUCGAUAAUCUUCAUAUUAAUAGUCAUUUUAUAUUUUUACAAAACCGCCAAAUGCAAGAUUGGGUCAGUAGGCUAUGCCUAUUUAAUUUUUUUAUAUAGAUAUAAUUCUAAAAUGGAGCCAUAAAAAACACUCGUAUUGGUUACCCAAAACAUAAUAUGAUUCAUUGCGAUGUAUGUGCAUUUUCGCCUGUCCGUCUGUCUUUGUUAUUUUGAAUAAAGUGCUUUAAAAUAGACUUGCUGCUCUCGGCUCGGUGGGUUCCUCUCUCUAAAUGUUAGAAAAUUGUGCCAUCUACCCGCUAUUCACAGAACUGUCACUUCCAGGACCUCCCGAGACCUUGAGCCAACUUUAACACAAAGGGAGAGACUGAGGGGGUUGGUGAGAUGCUUCGAAGUGUAGUCUGUUCAGUCUGGGCUAAAACAAGCAUUAAAUCAAUAACAUUAAAUACUUUAAGCUUGAUAUAUUAUUUUAGUAUAACUUGCAACGUACCAAGGUAAGGGGAGGGAUUACAUCACUGCAUGACUAUAUACAAACCAUUGGACAUCCCAUCCCCCCAUUUUAUUUUUUUAAAACCUUUUUCCCAAAACAUUUUGGGUUGCUCCAUUCAUACAAAAUAAGGUGUCAAAUCCUUGAGGGUGAAGAAUGUUCGGCUAUUUUUAUCAUUACUUAGAUCACACAAUAAUCUAUGAACUAACGCAGAAGAUGUUAAAAGUAGCUAUAAAACGGACUAACACGCGAUCUUUGUUAGUGUAAUAAUUGUUAAUUAUGCUGUUUAUAAAAAUAUUUCCGUUUUGUCGCAGUCUUUCUGCAAUGAAACAUCACAAAGUCUAUGGCGAAGUUUUUCUCUUCCACCGAUUUGUUGGGAGCAAAGGAGCAGGUCACAUACUGAUCUUUAGCACAGUUUCAAAUGGACGGGUUAAUUCUUGUUUCAUUCAUUAGCAUUCCCAGUGCACGGGUUCUUCUCAGACAUCUGUCUAUAACUACCACACGUCUUUACAAUGACGUCCAUUCACUGUUUCUUAAGAAAAUCACACAUCCUGAGCGUUCUACAUUUUGGGUUCCUUCUUGCGCUAAACAUUCUGUAGGUUUUUAGAUGGUCCGCGUGAAUCAACCUCUUUUCGUCCCUGUUUAAGCUACUUCAAGUGAAAUAGGCCUACCGCCGAAAGGGGGAACAUAGGUUACCAAUAAAGAAAAAAAGUGACAGUUGCACCAAUGCACAUAGUAAGGGGCACGUUGCUUACAAUUUACUGUUUUUUUGUUUUGUUUGUUUGUUUGUUUUUUUCUCCCACAGCAUAGGCUUAAUAUUUUUAAAUGUUGCAGCGUCUUAUAGUGUCAUUUGCCAAUAGGCUACUCGGCAACUUUACUAACAUCUUGAACCGAAUGACUUUCAUUUUGAGUCCGUAAGAUUGAUCUUUUUUUCUAAAGCGCCCAUAUAUAGCAUCGCUUCAAGUCGAUAACAUCCUGUUUAAUUUCCGACUGAGAAAUGCCUGAAUUUAAAGACUUAAAACAUUAGCGACGCAAAGUCAACAAAAUGUGAUAGGCUACCUGUGUAAAGCGGCCUUCUACCGACUGCACACGCUGUGUGUGUCUGACGCUAGAGUUAAACGCUGGUCUGAGUCAGUGAACUCACUUUACUGCGCGUGAGAGAGGAACCAAUAGGAGGAGAGAGAGAGAGAUCUGAAGCUCAAAAAUAAAGACAGUCAUAGUACCAUCUAAACUAAUAUGCAGAACUUGGAUUUUGACUUGAAAAAGUGGGACUAUUGGAUCCAAAUCUGUUUCUUAUCGUGGUUCGAAAAUAAUUGAUAAUAGGCUAAUCAGUUUCAAAAGGAAAUUACUUUUUAUAGAGAGAAUUUUUGAACGCUAGGACUGCAUUUCGCAUGUUUAUAUUUAGAACCACAUGCAAAUCACAUUUGAUGAUUAAUGCACGUUUUUGUGGAGAGCGUUCGAGGAUCACAGUGGGGUUUUUUUAGGAUGUAGGGUCAGUUUAAAAUAAUGUUAUACCAUUUUUCAUUGUUCAUUUGCUAUAGUUAAAAGUCAACUUAGUGGUAACAUCAAGGGUGUAAAUGUUUCAGAGUGGUCAGAACCAUACUGAGGACAAAUGUGUACUUUUUUUAAAAAUCCUACUUCUUCUAUUGCUGCUACUAUAUUAUUAUUAUUAUUAUUAUUAUUAUUGGUGGUGGUGGUGUUAACUGAUGUCGUCAUGGAGAAUUUAUUAUUAUUAUUUUUUCAUUAUAGAUAGGCCUACUAUUUUUCAGUGUGUUUGUCAUCUUUAUUUUGUAAUAUUUAGAUGUUAAGCGUCUCAGUAUUAUUAAUCCCCUGAGCAUAUAACAAGUGUAAAUUCUUGUAGCCUGUAAUAGGCUAUGUAAAGGUGUUUGCCUCUAUUGAACAGACUCCGGUUUAAGAAACGAAUACAGGAUUCCUCCAGUUUCAGACAGCUAUGAAAGGUGCUCUUAAAAAAAAAAAAAAAAAAAAUCGAGAUGAAAAGCGUUUGUGAUCAAACAAAGAAACAUGGAAUCAUCACAGAAUAAACCGUGCUAGUUCAUUAUAAUAUGAAGUUACCUAUGAUUUAAUGAACGAAUGAUUAAUUAAAUAUUAUUGCUAUUUUUAUUGCUUCUUUUAGGGAAUCAUUAAUUGUGUUAUUUAAACACGUGUAACACAUAAACGGGCUAAGACACCUCUCACAUGCACCUGCUUUAUUAGGUUAGAGCACGGUAACUCAACCGUCCAAAUCUAUUUCUAAGAUAACAGUGUUUCAACGAGACGCAAAUAUCAAAUCCUCUCAACACAGCAGUGUAAAAAGACACCGAGCGACGAAGGCCUUGGAUAUCUUUGUCCUCGACCGCUGACUGCUAUUCUUUCUUCUCCAUCUCUCCGUAAAGAGCCAUGCCUCUCUUUGAGAAGUAGCUACACUUUGAAAAUCAAAUGUACAGAAAAGUUGGUUAUUAUCACAACUUCUUUUCAAACACAACUUAUGCUGCAAACACGUGUUUUGCUAAGAUCUUAAUAUUGACGUUUAUUACUCAGGUUGUGAAAUCUCCUUUGAAUAGCUAUUAGUUAGUGGAUCGGACAAAUGUACAUUCAGAUUUGAACAAUAAAUCAAUCAAUAAAUACAUCAAAAAUAAAAUGAAAUAAACACGUUGGUGUGAAUUACUUAGUUUCUAAAUAUAUAGGAUAGUGCAUGUAGGCUAAUCAUUAAAACAUCAUUUUCAAACAGGAGAAACGGGAGAUUUUCCUCCAUACUAUCUCGAAUUUUGUGCGGCUGCAUCAGUUUGAGAUGUACACCUAAACAUCUGAGCAGUGAGUGCACAGUGAUAGCCUACUUAGAAAGACACAGACCCCGACACCCGCGCCAUCGCUUUCAUGAUAGCGGGCGAUGUCAGUUCUGGAGACACAUGCUCCCUGUUUCUUUUUUCAAGAUCAUUAGCGGCCCCCUCCAGCUACAAUCCUUGCAUGGAUUGAACAAUAAGACACGGGUGCAUUAAAUUCUCAAGCACUGCUGCCAGUCAUGCUGAGAGAGGUAAGCAUGUUGUCGACUUCAGUAUGGAGAUGCUUAAAGAAAGAAAAUACAGCUCAAUAGUGCAGGGAAAAUAAAAUAAAGGGAAAACAUAGAGAUUUAUUUGUACAUAAGAAGAAAAAGCACUAAUAUAGCCUACUAAUAUUUAUUAAUUUAGAGAGCAAAACAGGAAUUUUAAAAAUGUAGGUUUGAACUGGGUUUCAUUUUGCUGUGUGCAUCAAAAACACAAGCAACAGACAUCUCCCGCUUAAUCAGACAUGUUUUUUUUCACUGAGGCUGCUGUUUUACAUUUGAAAGCAAGAUGGCGCUAUUUUGUUCAUCUGUCAAAAGAGAGGUUCCUUUACUACCCGCUGGUUUUGUCACACAUGUCGAAGUUAUCAGACAUUGUCUUUCUCAUUGGUUAAUGUUGAUAUAUUACACAGUUAUUAAAAUGUAUCAAAUAUUAAGAUUUUAUUUUAUUUUUUUCAAGAUUCUAUUUAUCCUUUUUUUUCUGUUUGUCCAUACUUAUUACCUUUGAGUUUGAAAACCAACCGUGUACCACAAAUACAUUUUUUUUUUUUUUAAAUCUGUAAAUUUGUUACAGAUAUUUUGUAAUUUGUUAUCUGUAAUUUAUUAUCAACCCAUUUAUUUAACGUAUUAAAAAUGUAGGCUACUUUAAAAAUGUGAUACUGUAAACAUAGUAAUGGCUUGUACAUACAUCGUCUUACUACCUUCCUUUCCAAUUCAUGUACAUUUAUUUAUUUAUUUAUAUAUUUAUUGCAAAUUCUAUUUAUAUUUUUGUUUUGCUGCUGACUUUGUUAUUUUGUCCAUUCUUCUGCAGUUUCACAUGUGCUUGUACAUUCGGAUAACUUGAUGUUUAAUGUUGCAUUUCUCCUUAACUUUUUUGUUUUUCAAACAUAAGUUUUGUAAGAUAAUUCACAUGAAUUGUGGGAUUUAGGAGAAGGAAUGCAUGCUGUUUAUUAUAGUGAUAUAAUAAAUAGUAUCGUCUGACAA